AUUUUUCUUAAAAAUUAAGUGGCGACUCUUAAACCAGUCCAAAAUAUAUUUUCUAAAUAAAACAGGUAGGUGACCUUUAGAUUUCCAUCUUGGCAUCAACUUCAUCAAUCCUGGUCGAUUUUAUUUUAAGGGUCCGUUAAAUAAAAUUGGGGCCUAAUGUUGUUCUUCAUUAUCUGAAUACUUGACAAUAACAGGGUAAGCAAAGCCAUGUGAAGCUUCAUGUGCUAUUGUCUCUCACAUUUAAUUUGGAUAUCAAACUUACCACUAACUUUGUAUAUAUACACAUACAUAGAAAGUCUGUUUGUGCAAAACACAAGUCUUACUUGCUGUGUAUUACUCAAAAUCGUUCAUUCCUUUUCUUUUUAACUCAUCAUUUGAAGUUACAAAAGUAUCUCGCAAUGGUUAUCAAAAUGAGUCCCCUUAUUCAAGGUACAAGAAUCUUGAGGAGGUUUUCAAAUUCCGGAGGUGUUCCAAAAGGACAUUGUGUAGUAUAUGUAGGAGAGAGCCAGAAGAAGAGAUUCGUCGUGCCAAUAGCUUACUUGAGCCAACCUUUAUUUCGGGACUUGUUAACUCAAGCUGAAGAACAGUUUGGCUUCGAUCAUCCAAUGGGCGGUCUCACAAUACCUUGCAAAGAAGACGUGUUUGUUGAUCUCACAUCCCGCUUGAGAUCAUGAAUUGUAUCAAAGUGAAAAUUCUCUUGCACACGAAAUUUUGUAGAUUAGUAGACUUAGAUUUUAGAAAGAGGAAGUUUUACUGUAUAGUUCAGAAACACAAAAUCAAUAGAAGUUGUUUCCAUGAUCAAUUUAUAAAAAGCAGAAGUGCUUUUUCUUAUAAUC